CUAAGCGAAAACCAUUGCACAUGCUUGCCCUUCUUAUAGACUUCUUUAGAGCCCAACUGAGGGAUCCAGACCCAGCUACGUAAGGUUAAAAGGGUUUGUUCAGAAGUCAUCCUACGGAAACAAAGUAUCGCUAUAGGUCAUCUGCUAGAACAUGACUAACAUGCUGAAAAGUCUUCAUUUUCUUUCUAAAAGAGUCUAGCUUGUUGGGUUUUAUGUUGUUGUGGUGUUAUUGUUGUUGUUGUUGUUACGAUUAGGUGGGUAAAGUGACAAGAUCUAGGGUCUGAGGCUACAUGAGACUCAUCAGGGCUACAUGAGACUCUGUUUAAAAGAAAAAAACAACAGCAAAAAGAUGGGAAGGUUGGUGACCUGUUCAAAUGCACAUAAACUCUUAUAAGGGGCCGUGUAAACAAGACUCAUGAAGGGGGCUGUUAGAAUCCAGGAAGAGCCACACGAAGCACUCAAACACCAAUCUCUGUCCAGUAUCAGGAUUCAGGAUCCAAAAACUGCCACCCAAGGCAGUCCUCCGAACCAGUUUUUACAUGGGGGAAACAACAAAAAAGUGCAUUUGCAACAUUUGCGGCACAUAGGCUAUCUAGACGAAGCAUCACUGUCUGACCUUUAAGCUGAUAGCCUGGGUCGAGAGGCAAGGAGGCUAGGAGAUCUCCAAAGUCCAUGAGGCUCUGUGACAAAGCACAAGAUGUUUUUGUCAGGGCAAGGAACAAUAAAUUAAGUUAAGGUUAUAAGCUACAGAAUAAAGGUUGAGGGAAUAUGGCAGAGCUAUUGUCAAGUUUUAAUAUUUAACAGGCCCCACAAGACCAACUGCUAUUUCCUGUGGGCCCUAUGCAUGUGUCAGAGAUACCUGCUCUUCCUGGGACUCCAUCAGAACAAGAGCACAAAUUCAACUGGAUUGGACCAUGUGACUGCGUCCUCCUCUUGGUCUGAGGAUUUGAACUAUGAAAACGAUGACCAAUCGUAAGUCUCUGUGGGCGCUGCUGUUUAUAGUGAUCUUCUUGGUGUCCUUUACAGUUUUCAGAAACCCCGUGAAGUUAUGGACCACGUUCAAGUUACCUGUGUCCUUCAAUCACUGGAACUUGGUCAUGAAGUCCUCAUGCUCUGCAGUGCCUCUGAACCCACCAGUUUCACCAAAAGAGACAGAAUUACUAAUCAGGGAGGUCCUAGAGAAACUAGACAAACAGAUCCCUCCCAGACCAUUCACCCACCUCCACAGCACUACAAGCGCUACACACAGUACGGCCACCAUCCUCAACUCUCAAGAUACAUACUGUGUAGGGGACAAGUUGGACAUCCUGGUAGAGGCUAGAGACCACCUAAGAAACAGGAAGGAGUAUGGUGGGGACUUCCUGAGAGCCAGGAUGUCCUCCCCAGCCCUGAAGGCAGGCGCUUCUGGAAAGGUGACAGACUUCAACAAUGGCACCUAUCUCGUCAGCUUCACUCUGUUCUGGGAGGGCCCUGUCUCCCUGUCUAUCCUGCUCAUGCACCCUAGUGAAGGGGUGUCAGCUCUCUGGAGAGCCAGGAAACAGGGCUACGACAGAAUAAUCUUCUCAGGCCAGUUUGUCAAUGGUGCUUCUCAUGUCCAAACCGAAUGUGCCCUGGUUCUAAAUUCAAGUGUCGAGCUGUGCCAGUAUCUGGAUGCCCAGGAUCAAGAAGCUUUCUACUGUGUAAAGCCUCCAAAUGUGCCCUGUGCAGCCCUCACUCACAUGCGUUCGAAGAACACGGAAGUUUCCUAUCUUAGCCAACAAGAAAGGAGCCUAUUUGAAAGGUCAAAUAUAGGUGUGGAGAUUAUGGGAAAAUCCAAUGUGAUUAGUGUCUCCAAAUGCAACAAAAGAGUUCCAGUGAAGGAGAAAUGCAAACUCAGGAUGGUCUCUGCAAUCCCUAGUGGGCAUGUCUGGAAAAACUCAUGGACUCCGGUCUCCUGUAGUCUGGCUCCAAUCAAAAUGAAAGAUUGCCUAAGAGGAAAAUUCAUCUAUCUAAUGGGUGAUUCUACAAUCCGCCAGUGGAUGGAGUACUUCAAAAGCAAAAUCAACACGCUGAGGUCCGUGGACCUGCACGAGACUGGGAAACUGCAACACCAACUUGCCGUGGACUUGGAUGAGAAAAUCAGCAUCCAGUGGCAAAAACAUGGUUACCCUCUUAUCGGCUCAUUGGUCUACUCCGUCAAAGAAAUAGAGAACAUUGCACGGAUAAUAGACAGAACUGGAGGAGAGAAAAACACGGUCAUCGUUAUUUCUCUUGGCCAGCAUUUCAGACCUUUUCCCAUUGAUGUUUUUAUCCGAAGGGCCCUCAAUGUUCACAAAGCUCUUCAGCGUCUUCUCCUGAGAAGCCCGGACACUGUGGUGGUUCUCAAAACAGAAAACACCAGGGAGGUGAACAGCGAUGUGGAGAGGUUUAGUGACUUUCACGGUUACACCCAAUAUCUUGCCUUAAAGGAUAUUUUUCAGGAUCUCAAUGUGGGUGUCAUUGAUGCCUGGGAUAUGACAAUUGCAUAUGGCAUAAACAAUGUCCAUCCACCAGAGGAUGUAGUUAGAAGUCAAAUUAAUAUAUUCUUAAACUAUAUUUGCUAGCAGACACAUAACUUUGAAAGUCACUCAGUGAAUUUAAAUGAUACGGUGAAUCCUGCUGCCAGGAUAUCCCAGUUAAUCCAAGGACAUAAUCUGUAUUAUGGUCCAUAUGGUCCACCCAGUUCAGCCUAACAAGGCAUUCAUACACUGGCCUUCUGCUCAUAAUUGAAGCUCAAAAGAAUUAAUGAAAGGUCCACAUUUUUUUUUACUAGAGCCACGUUGCUCUUUGUCGGUUGAAGUUAGGAUUCCUGUGAGUAAGGCCUUCUUGUUGCUGUGAGUUCAGAACAAUGAAGUAAUUUUGAUAAAAAUUCUUAAAAUGUCUUUGAUUCAAUUUGUAAAUAUUUUUCUGAUAAUUUUUACAUCCGUGUUCAUCAGGAAAAUUGAUCUGUAUCUUUCAAUCUUGGACAGGUCUCAGAGUUUGACAUUAGGCUAAUACAGCCUCCAAAAAAAAAAAAAAUGACUUGAGUAGUGUUCCUCCUGGCUGUAGUUUGUGAAAGAUUUUGAGAAGUGUUUUGAUUAGAUUUUCUUUAAAAGUUUCAUGGUAUUCAGCACUUAAUCUGUCCAGGUCUGGGCUUUUAUUUGAAGAGAGACUUUUAAUAACUGUUUCAAUCUCAUUGCUUGUUACCGAUCUGUUUAAACUGUUUCUAUUUUCUAGAUUUAACUUUGAUAGGCCAAAUGCACUUAGAAAUUUAUCUUUCUUCUAGGUUUUCCAGCUUUUUUAGAUAUAAGAUUUUGUAUAAACAAAAACAAAAUAUGUCCCAAAACACCAUCAUGAAACCUGAUAUU